UCUUGCUCGCCUCCCUGUUUCCAUGACAACUCCAAGGGAGCCCAAACUGGGGGCCUGAAUGCUGGGGUGAGAGGAGGAGAGACCUAGUGAGGGUACCUCGGAAACUCUCCCCCUCCCUCUCCUCGGCCCCUUUAAGCUCCCCCCCCCUUCCCGGCUCUCCCUCCGCCCCCCGCCGCUGUCUUCAUCUCUCCAUCUCUGUGCUGCCGCCGCCACCGGCUGCGCAAUCCGCACACCAAGACUCUGACGCCAGCCAGGGACCCCAACUCCCGCUGCAGACACCCUGUCCCAGCGACACCACAGGCAUGUCAUCGGAAAAGUCAGGCCUCUCAGACUCAGUCCCUCACACCUCUCCACCACCCUAUAAUGCCCCCCAGCCCCCGGCCGAGCCCCCUGCCCCACCCCCACAGGCAGCCCCUUCCUCUCACCAUCACCACCACCACCACUACCACCAGUCCGGGACCGCCACCCUCCCGCGCUUGGGGGCAGGCGGCCUGGCUUCUUCCGUGGCCACUGGUCAGCGCGGUCCCUCAUCCUCCGCCACCCUGCCACGACCGCCACACCACGCUCCACCUGGCCCGGCCGCCGGGGCGCCCCCACCCGGCUGCGCUACCUUGCCCCGCAUGCCACCCGACCCUUACCUGCAGGAGACUCGCUUCGAGGGCCCACUGCCCCCGCCGCCGCCGGCCGCCGCCGCCCCACCCCCGCCGGCGCCCUCCCAUACGGCCCAGGCUCCGGGCUUCGUAGUGCCCACGCACACGGGGGCGGUAGGCACGCUGCCACUGGGGGGCUAUGUAGCCCCCGGCUACCCCUUACAGCUGCAGCCUUGCACUGCCUACGUGCCGGUCUACCCAGUGGGCACGCCCUAUACAGGCGGGACCCCGGGGGGGACGGGAGUAACCUCCACGCUCCCCCCGCCGCCCCAGGCCCCAGGGCUGGCCCUGCUAGAGCCGAGGCGCCCGCCGCACGACUACAUGCCCAUCGCGGUGCUGACCACCAUCUGUUGCUUCUGGCCUACGGGCAUCAUCGCCAUCUUCAAGGCAGUGCAGGUGCGCACGGCCUUGGCCCGCGGAGACAUGGUGUCUGCCGAGAUCGCUUCCCGCGAGGCCCGGAACUUCUCCUUCAUCUCCCUAGCGGUGGGCAUCGCAGCCAUGGUGCUCUGUACCAUCCUCACCGUAGUCAUCAUCAUUGCCGCUCAGCACCAUGAGAACUACUGGGAUCCGUAAGGACGCACCCGGCCUGGCCCCGCCCCGCGCCCCUCAACCUCCCAAGCGCGUUCUGCAGCCACGCAGCGGAUCCAGUGGGUGCCCCGCACACAUGCCUCUGGGGCCACCGAAUUUCGAUACAUCCUAAACUCUGCCUCCACGGAACCUCUCGCCUUGCGGGCACGCUCCGAAUCCAGUUCCUCAGGAACCCCGAAAAAACCCACCCCCCCCCCCCAGGGAUGCCACUUUCCGGGAUCCCCGCCAAAUGCCGGGCCCUCAGUCACUCCAGUACCCCGCCGCCUCUAAAUGCAGCGACCCCAGCGGAGCUCCUUGGGUCUCCGCUCGCAGCUGGGAGACCGGUCCCCAAAGCCCCGCCUCCUCUAUAGGCUCCGCCCUGGCUCUGUCAAAACCCCGCCUCCAGGGCGGCAGGCUCCGCCUUCUUUUCCUUCCCCGCGAGGUGAUUGCGUCCGGUGAUUGGGUUGUGGCGCUAGGCCUCGCCCCCAGACUGACACACUCCUCCCCUUCUCCUGGCGCGGGGACCUAGCCCCGAGGUAGUCACGCCCCCACGCUCUCUCAUUUUUGGUGGUACAGUUUUGUCUUCUCCACCCAGGUCUCUUACUAUUUUCUUGCUAAUCCCAGAACCUCUACUUUUGGUAAUUUUGGAAUGAGAUUUCGGAGGUUCCCAGUUUAGGACCUUUCACCCUGGGAUGACGAACGUCCCCGUUCUCUGUAAAUAUUCCCUUCCACCUAUUCCAAUCAGUGGGCAGCCGGGCAGAAGGUAACCCAGGGUAGGACCUCCCAACGUCAGGAGGAGCCAGCCCCGUUCCCCACUCCCCUCGGCAGUCCCUACCUUGUUCUGAUUUGUGCGUGAGUGUGUGUGUGAAUUUCUGAAAGAAUAUUAAAGAGACUAAGUGGAUUUAUCACCCGCAA